AUGGCCACUUACCCUUAUGCUUGGUCAACACCCCAGUUACGACAUCCGAAUGAUACCAAGCCCUCACCACCCAUUCUGUUGAACAAACCUCAGCCUCCGCGGCUGGCUUUGCUGGACGAUGAGCCACCGCACCGCCCACCCGCGAGCACGCAUAGGGAGACGGAGAGGGUCGAGCAUGAAUUUGUACUCAGGGUGAAAAGGCGACCCUUGUUGAGCCUCAGGUGCAAAAGCAGAGCGGGGAGCAAGGAGCAUAAACCCUUGUGGUUUGAUGGUGAUGUGAUUGAAGGCGGCGUACAAUUGAUGUUGCACAAACCGACACAUGUAGAGGAAAUCACUUUCCGUGUGAGAGGUCGCCUCGCGCCUCCGGAGACCGGUUCUCCUGACAUCUUCUGGAGCACCGCCCAAAAACUAUGGUCCGCGCCUAAAUCGACACCUGCGAGCAAACUACCGAAGUCAUCUGUAUCAAAACUCUUCCACCACGCGGGUCUGGCAGAAGGGAACCACCACUGGCCUAUAGCGCUGCAGCUACCGCUACAAGUGCGUGUUCCUGGCCGCGGGGGAGAUGGAAAAAAUGGCAGUCCUUCCUCGGGCAAGUCGGAGUGCUUACCCCUCCCGCCAAGCUUCAGGAACAAGAGCCCGAGCGCGGUGACUGAGUAUGAGAUCAUGCUCACUGCGUACCGUGGUAUUCUCCGUGAGCCCUAUACACUAAUAGUGCCGUUCGUGUUCCUUCCCCGCUCGAGUCCGCAGUAUCCCCUCGGCCGACCGCAUCCCAGCAUGGGAACUCUGAUCAUCGAGCCUCUAGGAGAAAACGAAACCGCCUCGUUUGACUCCACCCGUACGAGCGUGCCUCCUUCGCCCGACUCGCCGAGCUCCGACACUGACCAAAGACGCUUCUCUGUCACUCCUUCUCUCACGAGCUCCACACCGACUCCUAUCAUAACGACUCCUAUAACUCCCUUCCUGGAACCGCUUCCCCCUUCCUCCAUCCCCUCGUACAUCUCCCUCGAGACUCGCUCCAUCACUGUCAACGGUCUCCUCUUCGCGCACCACCCUGCAACCCUCAACAUCCGGCUCCUCCUCCCCGCACCUCUCAUCUACCCGCGCGGCCAUCCUCUCCGGUUUUUGCUCGUUCUCCAGGGAGACGAAACGAUGGCGCUCGAUCUUGUAGGAGCGGAGGAUAGCGUAAAGGGCGAGCUAGAGCAACGGGUAUCCGUUCACAGGGAAGAAGUAUCCGUACAGAGCCUAGCAAGCGGCGGGGUCGAAGUUCGCAGAGAACGCACUGCCGAAGACUCCGUCGACAGCCCAGUGACUUCAAGUGAGGUGAUGACGCCUCUGAGCCCAGAACGUAUCGCCAGCUCCGACAGCGGCAGCCCAGGGCGGAUGAAGACCAAGGUACUGGAAGGCAUUGUUCAUGUGCCAAGGGAAACGAAACCCAGUUUUAGCUUUGGCGGGUUCGUAGUCGAGCAUGUACUUUGUGUCCAGUUUACUCCGGCGUGCUUUACCCCCUUGGAUGGGAAACCGAUCCCGAGGAUAUGUCAGAGCGUGCAGAUCGUCACGGAUCGAGUGCUGCAGGCUUAAUUUCAUAGUGCGGCACACCGUCGACCAAAACAUGUGUGAAUUCCCCAACGGCACACAGACAAGUUUACUGCAAUCUGUAUGACAACCACCUCCCUUGCCUAGUUGAGGACCAGUCCUGCCAUGUGUGCAACAUCCCUUUCUCUAUCUCUAUCUCUCUAUAUCUGAGGUUCUGGAUAUGGAUGUCCCGCAUCGGGUGAUAUCCGGUAUCAUGUCGUUGAAGAACUUUGCCACGUCGUCUGUAUCCUUGCGUGUUUGUAUCCUGAGUAGAUUGACAAAAUACGAUAAUACAUUGCUC